AUGGCGGCCGUUCAAGAUCCGGCAUUCUGGAAGCGAUUUUCGGUUGCCGUACACCAGCAAGAUGAAGAGAAGGCAAACAUGUCGGAUGGCGGGUCCUUGUCGACUGUAUCGUCGAGGCCGCAGUUGAAACAUACGGGAUCGUGGCUUGAACGAAAUCGAAAGAAACAACGUCGCACUCGAAUCUUUGGCUGGCUUAUUGCAUUCGGAUUCCUCAUCGUCAUCGCUGCCAUUGUUCUCGCCUUGCUGUGGUUCUCGAAGGUCGGACCCUUCAAGGACAGGUCGUGA